AAAUUAUCCUCUGAUUGUCUGUUAGAACUUAGAACCCAUUUGAUUACAUGAUCACACAUCAUUUUGCGACUCAUAUUAUCUGGUCAUUGUGAUAUAUGUCUGAAUAUUAUUAUGAUGUGGGUUUGCACUGGUUAUUGUGAUAUUCCACUGGUUAUAUGAGUAUUGGACUAUGGGUUUGUCAUUUUGCAAUAUGCAGUACCAUGAUUUCAGCACAUAUUUCUUAGUUCUGAACUAGUGUUUGCCUUGUGAUGUUUGGUUGUAGGAUUAAUAUGCUGCUAGCCCCUAAUACCACCGCAUUUUGGGUAUAUACAAAUAUUCAAUAGCUAUUGUCUAUAUGGUAUAUAUGGUUGUUGUUUUGACUUGAUAUCUGCAUAAAUAUUCGUACCCAUAAGUGUUCGUAUCCGUUUUGAUACGUAUUUGUACCCAGUAUUAUCCAUGAUUGUAUCCGUAUUCGAUAAUAUCCGUAUUAGAUCCAAACCCGAUUGCAAAAUGUGGGUUAGAAUAUGGGAAAGGUGAAAUCCGACCGAACCCGACCCGUUUUCAACCCUACCGGUAAGUGCAAAGGUGGAGACCUCCCUUCCCCUUUCCUCCUCAAUUUUUUCUCGUCUUGAUUUACUGUCACGUGAGCAUCUUCCAGAUCUACUAAAAGAUUAUGCUUUUUCUGGGUUGAUUUAUAUGGAUUGAAAUGCAAAAGAUUUGCACUGUUGACCUCCUAAAUUUCAGUUGUUUAUUUGGUAUGAUUAGUUAUUGUUUCCCCCAGAUCUAGUCACUUUUAAGUUUGCUAUACAUUUUGGUGCUAUUUAUUUUUUUCAUGGUCAAUGAUGAUAUGCUACUGGAGGUAGCAUCACUUGGAUGUGGCAACUCUGGCAUACAUGCAUACCGGAAGUGGCAUCACUUGGAUUUUGCAUGACAUUUUGUGUAGAUUGAUGUGAGCAGAUUUUUUUUUUUUUGGCACUUGUUAAGGUGGCAGUGGACACUAUAUGCCUUUUGUACUGAACAACAAUACUUCUUUAGUUCACUGAUGCAUGCUGAUAUGUGAUUUGAGGUGCCAAAAUUGCAGUAUAUACCCUUGAUGUUGUUUGGCCUUUCUUGCACCGAUAUAACAGGCCCAACUCUGACCUCCACUCUCACAACCACAGCCACAAGGAAGAAGAAGGCGACCACAAACCCUAAUCGAUGCUGGAUAUGGGCGCAAAAGUCGACCAAUCGAAACCCUCUCUGCCCCCCAAGAUCUCCAUUUUCGGUGCCAAACCUGGAUUUCUUAUACCCAAGAACAAGCUACCUGGCUCUCUCGUUGCCCGUUCCAACGCCAAGAAUGAUUUUCAAUCACCUUCUUCUUCUUCUUCUUCCUCUGUCCAAGACAACAACACCAACACCAAAGCUACCCUUGUUCAACGAAACACCAGAUGGGGGCCGGAUCUCACCCUGGAUCCUGCUGUCCGAAAAUCCACUGCUUCGGCCUACCAGACUCGACUAGAGCAAAUUAACAAGGAGCUGAAAUCAGGAUCUAUGGAGAUAAGUGAAAAUGAAGGCUCAGUGUCUGGCUCAAACUCUGAUGGUGCUAACAAGCAGAAAGAGAAUGUGCAGCAAGGAAAGGCUGAGCUCUUGGAGCUUGAAAGAAGAGAAAUUAUAGGUGAAAUACUCCAUUUAAAUCCAGGGUAUAAGGUUCCUGAAGACUAUAAGCCUUUACUUAAGGAGACAAAAAUCCAUCUGCCUACAAAAGCACAUUCAGGGCAUAAUAUAAUUGGAGUUCUUAUGAGACCUGAGAGCAAUGCCCAGAAGCGACUACAGGAAGAAACUGGAGCUAAAAUACGAGUAUACGGGAUUAAAAGAAGCAAUGGAGAGAAGAGUGAGAUUUGCCAACCAGACAUAGAUGAAGCACAAGAUGCCUACGAAGAUCUGUACAUAAAUGUCUCAGCUGACUCUUAUGACAAAGUAGAUUCUGCAAUUGCGCUGAUUGAGCUGCUUCUUACUCCUGUCACUGUAAAUUCAAAAUCUAUUGAAGCAAAUGCUACCGUUUCAUCAGCAGUUAGCUCCAGUGGUGCAGACUUAUCUGACCUUCAGCAGGUGCAGAACAACAGUUCUCAGCCAGGUUUUCUUCAGUAUCAAUCACAUAAUGCUCACCGGCUCUCAACACCCCAAGCCAAUGAUCUAUCAAUUCCUUCCUCUGGAUAUCUGCAGAGUGCUUUACCGAAUAACUCUUUACAGCUUCAGCCUCCUGAUGGUUCUUUUAGUAUGCUUUCAUAUACAGGGCCACCACCUCUUAUGGAUACCAUGCCAAGAAACCCACUGCCUAUUCCUGGACCUCAGCCGCCGAUGCCAAACACUCAACAACCUCAACUUCAAUUCCAACCCAAUCCCCCAAUUGGACCUCCUUUUGGUAGACCCCCUGGAAUUGUAAGCCCACAACUGACGCCAUCUUCCACGUUGCCAGGGCCUGUUAGACCUCUUCAAACACCCCAUGCAUCUGGAGGAUGGCUAAAUUUUUCUUCAGUUCCAGUGCAACCUCAGAGGUUACCAACUUUUAUGCCAGUGAGACCUCCUAUUUCUGUGUCUCCUCUUGUUUCAAGUCCACAGCUGGAAGGUGCUGCUGCUCCAUCGUUUCCUUGUCAAUCAAAUAUCGCCACUAGCUAUGGCACCCAGCAUCCAUCAGGUGCAAGCUUUGCACCAUCAGCAGCAUUACCUUCCAUACCUCCUGGUGGCCCCCAAUCUUUUCCUUCAGUGUCACCUCAGGGUCCUUCCUCAAUGCCAAUGCUGUCAUCUCCUGCUGGUUUAACACCGCAGCCACCUUAUCCGCUGCCCAUGCAAAUGCGUCCUCCCAUGGCAAUAUCUGCUCAAAUGAGAGGCCCACCUUCAUCUUUCCCUCAGGCUGGGCCAACUUCUGGCAUGCCACAAACGGCACCAUCAUCCCGCCUGCCUUCUGGGUUUGGUGUGCCUGGUUCUGGAAUUAUGCCUGCUAUGAGACCGCUACGCCCAAGCACUGGUGAUUUUACCUUUCGGCCUCAUGUGUCACCUUCACCAACACCAGAGCUUGGCACAUCAGGCAGUCAAAUGCCAUUGUUCCAUCCUAGCAACUGGAGACCACCUAUGGCGCGAGUUGAAGGUUUCCAAAGGCCUCUGGAUAUGGGUUAUCAGCCUGGGGUAUAUGGUCCACCUCCGCAUCCACACCUUGGUGGAGGCUUCCUCCCGAGGAAUCCAGGUGCACCAAGGACAGGGGGGUUUGUUGGAGCUUUCCCCCUCCAGCCGCCGGCAGUUGAAGCACAACGGCCGUUACAUGUGUUGCCACCACCACAACAAAAGGCGGAGACGAGCAGUGGCAGGCAAGGCCUGCCGCCGAUAUACGACCCUUUUGUUCCGAGUGCAGUGUCAGGAGGAGGAAAAGGGAAAGCGGAGGAGGACAAGGCUGAGUACGAGGAUCUCAUGGCAUCCGUUGGUGUCAAGUGACAUUCUUCUUGUAUAACCCAUACAUGCAUGUUCAUUUGCUGCUGCUGUACGUGGGAUCUUUCUUGACAACAGUUCGAUUUGCUACUAGAAAGACUACUAGACUAGAGUAGAUUGUAGUAUGCUUGCAUUUCCAUCCUUUAAAGAAAAGAUAUUAUUGAUCAGUGAAUGUGUUAUUGAUCGAUGAUGAAAUUAAGCACGGUGUCAUUCAUACCUGUCUAAAAGUGUAUCGUUCCCUCC